AUGUGUAGUGUGGGUGUUUAUUGGCCUUUCCUUCUUUUGACUUUUCCCUUUGACAUUGUCACAUGCAUAUGUGUGAGUGUGGGUGUUUAUUGGCCUUUCCUUCUUUCUUUUCCCUUUGACAUUGUCACAUGUAUAUGUGUGAGUGUGGGUGUUUAUUGGCCUUUCCUUCUUUCUUUUCCCUUUGACAUUGUCACAUGUAUGUGGAUGUGGGUGUUUAUUGGCCUUUCCUUUUUUCUUUUCCCUUUGACAUUGUUUAUGUAUAUGUGUGAGUGUGGGUGUUUAUUGGCUUUCCUUCUUUCUUUUCCCUUUGACAUUGUCACAUGUAUAUGUGUGAGUGUGGGUGUUUGUUGGCCUUUCCUUCUUUCUUUUCCUUUGACAUUGUCACAUGAUAUGUUGUUUAUUGGCCUUUCCUUCUUUCUUUUCCCUUUGACAUUGUCCAUGCAUAUGUGUGAUGUGGUUGUUUAUUGGCCUUUCCUUCUUUCUUUUCCCUUUGACAUUGUCACAUGUAUAUGUGUGAGUGUGGGUGUUUAUUGGCCUUUCCUUCUUUUCUUUUCCUUUGACAUUGUCACAUGUAUAUGUGUGAGUGUGGGUGUUUAUUGGCCUUUCCUUCUUUCUUUUUCCUUUGACAUUUGUGGGUGUUUUAUUGGCCUUUCCUUCUUUUCCUUUGACAUUGUCACAUGUAUAUGUGUGAUGUGGGUGUUUAUUGGCCUUUCCUUCUUUCUUUUCCCUUUGACAUUGUCACAUGUAUAUGUGUGUGGUGUGGUGUUUAUUGGCCUUUCCUUCUUUCUUUUCCUUUGA